AAUAAGUGUUCUAAUACCUUAGUAUCACAAAUUCUUGUAUUCAAAUUUACACUUCCCGUUAUAGUGUAUUGGGGUGAGGAAGUCAUGAUAUUGGUUGCAAAUUGGUGGGGAUAUCACAUGAAAGAUCAUUAUCCCAUUGAAAAACAUGUUGAAUUGGUUGCAAAUUUGGAUAAUGCGAGGGAAGUCAUGAUAUUUUUAUGAUUUUUAUAACACUUAUGGCGAUGAAAAACACGUAACAGCGAUCAUGGCGAUGCCGGGCCCAGUUGAUCCAUCAGUGCUUACGCUUCAGGCGACACACAGGAGCGUAGCUGCGUGGGAGGGCUCCACUGCCCAAUUGGUUACUCGUCAGCACUACCAGGCGAGUACGUUACGGUGGGAGGUGGAUGACAGGGUAUUAGACGUAGUCGAGCUAGCUGGUUUCAGAUACAUUCACCGGUUGUUGGGCGGGGGCUUAGAGCUCGAUCGAGCUCUUAUCACUGCAUUGGUGGAGAGGUGGAGGCCGGAGACACAUACCUUCCACCUCACAGUUGGCGAGGCAACGAUCACGUUGCAAGAUGUGGCAGUUAUCAUGGGACUGCCGGUUGAAGGACAAGCAGUCAUUGGUCAUGGGGAGGGAAAUUGGCCAGCAUUAGUACAUGAGCUGCUAGGGGUUUGGCCGGAAAAUCCUCAAGACCCCUCACAGCCGAAGAUCAUCGUUGGAUCGUCAUUGAAGCUGACUUGGCUCCGACAGCAUUUUAGCGCGCUUGAGGAUGAUGCAGAUGAUGUGACGGUUGACAGACAUGCCCGAGCUUACAUCUUGUACCUGUUUGGAUGCAUCUUGUUUCCGGACAAGAGCGGCGACUCGGUACAGUUGAUCUAUCUCCCUCUACUGGGAGACUUGGAGCGCGUAGAUGAGUACAGUUGGGGAAGUGCUACCCUAGCGUAUUUGUAUCGUAACUUAUGUCGAGCAUCUCGUAAGGAUGCAAAGGACAUGGGUGAAUGCUUGAUGUUGUUACAGAUAUGGUCAAUGGAGCACAUUCAUAUAGGGAGGCCCAUUAUUCGGACGGUUCCACCGGAUGGGCAACAUGAUCAGGAAGAUGACGCGGAUGAUUUUGAACCGAUAUUAGGGUCACAGCAUCGGCGCGGGAUGGAUCCUUUGGCAGUAAGCUGGCUUCGCGUAUAUCUUUCGAGAUCCCACUCCCCACAUACUCUCGUCUACUACAAGGACGCACUAGAUCGACAACGGGACGAACAGAUGACAUGGCAGCCUUACACAGCGGCUAAGAUGGAAGCUCUACCGCACAUAUGUACAUCGGGCCACGAGAUUUGGAGAUCGCGUUGUCCUCUUAUUUGCUUUGACAUCGUCGAGCUACAUCUCCCGGAUCGUGUCAUGCGUCAAUUCGGUUUAGAGCAGGUAAUUCCGCAAGCCUGUGACACCCAACCUCAACUACAUGCGAUCGAUCGGAGGACUGGGGACAAGAACUACCUCGUACGACAUAGAUCGCAUGUAGAUGCGUGGAACGACCGAGCAUCUAGAUUGGUUGGAGGAGAUAACUUCACAGGUCAUAGCUCUGCUAUGUACAUGAGUUGGUACAGGCGUAUCUCCAUAUUACACCUAACGAACACCACAUUUGCGCAGCCAGGAUCACAUUACCAUCCGACAUCUACGUUACUGGCUGAGCGCAUCCGAUCGGUGCUCACAAUGUAAUGACACGAUUCAAGGGGCCGCUACAUCGCCAGUUGACGUGGGGCAUUGGUUAUGUUCUCAGACCUUAGGCUCCAUUAACGC